GGUAUGUUCCGUAAUUUUAAUGCCCAUUCAUUCAGUCAAUCUAGGCACAUAAUACAUGAGUCUUUCCUGUGGGGAUGCAGGAUUGCGACGCUACGACUCGCCCACCUUAUAGCAUUUAACACAGUCACAGGAACCAGCUUGCCGAAACUUCGCAAGGCGGAACUUUAGUCUCACAUGUCCUAGAGCUGCAGAGGAACGUUCCACCUAAAGGACCGUCUGGUUUCAACAACUUGAUGGCUCCCGGAAGUGCUUCCUUUCCCCUCCCCAGCCUCACCCCCUUGUGUUGCGGUUGGAGCUAUGGCGGCGGCGGCAGCUGUGGGGCCCGGGCCCGGGGACUCCCCAGAAGGACCCGAGGCGGACGCUCCGGAGCGUCGGCGGAAGGCUCACGGGAUGCUGAAGCUUUACUACGGCCUGUCGGAAGGGGAGGCGGCGGGACACUCCGCGGGGCCUGACCCUCUAGACCCGACAGAUCUCAAUGGGGCGCACUUCGACCCGGAAGUUUAUCUGGACAAGCUGCGUAGAGAGUGUCCUCUGGCCCAGCUGAUGGACAGUGAGACGGACAUGGUGCGGCAGAUCCGGGCUCUAGACAGCGACAUGCAGACCCUGGUCUAUGAGAACUACAACAAGUUCAUCUCAGCUACAGACACGAUUCGGAAAAUGAAGAAUGAUUUCCGGAAGAUGGAAGACGAGAUGGACCGGCUGGCUACCAACAUGGCAGUGAUCACCAACUUCAGUGCGCGCAUCAGCGCCACGCUGCAGGACCGACACGAGCGCAUCACCAAGCUAGCAGGGGUGCAUGCUCUGCUGCGGAAGCUGCAGUUCCUUUUCGAGCUGCCUUCGCGCCUCACCAAGUGUGUGGAGCUGGGUGCCUAUGGGCAGGCAGUGCGCUACCAGGGUCGCGCCAGGGCCGUGCUGCAACAGUACCAGCACUUGCCCUCCUUCCGGGCCAUCCAGGAUGACUGCCAGGUCAUCACAGCCCGCUUGGCCCAGCAGCUGCGGCAGCGCUUCAGGGAAGGUUGCUCGGGUGCCCCAGAGCAGGCUGAGUGUGUGGAGCUGCUGCUGGCCCUGGGUGAGCCGGCCGAGGAGCUGUGUGAGGAGUUCCUGGCACAUGCCCGGGGCCGGCUGGAGGAAGAACUGAGCAGCCUGGAGACUGAGCUGGGGCCCUCCCCACCAGCGCCCGACGUGUUAGAGUUCACCGACCGUGGUGGCAGUGGCUUCGUGGGUGGCCUCUGCCAGGUGGCAGCAGCCUACCAGGAGCUGUUUGCCGCUCAGGGCCCCACUGGUGCAGAGAAGCUGGCAGCCUUCGCGCGGGAGCUGGGCGGCCGCUAUUUUGUCCUGGUGGAGCGGCGGCUGGCACAGGAGCAGGGCGGCAGUGAUAACUCACUGCUGGUACGGGCCUUAGAUCGCUUCCACCGGCGCCUGCUGGCACCCGGGGCCCUGUUAGCCGCUGCUGGGCUUUCCGAGUCAGCCACGGAGAUUGUGGAGCGAGUGGCCCGAGAGCGUCUGAGCCACCAUCUGCAGGGUUUGAGGGCUGCCUUCCUGAGCUGCCUGACGGAUGUGCGCCAGGCCCUGGCGGCACCUCGCCUGGCUGGGAAGGAGGGCCCCAGCCUGGCUGAGUUGCUGGCCAAUGUGGCCAGCUCCAUUCUGAGCCACAUCAAGGCCUCUCUGGCCUCUGUGCAUCUUUUUACCGCCAAGGAGGUGUCCUUCUCCAACAAGCCCUACUUCCGGGGCGAGUUCUGCAGCCAGGGAGUCCGUGAGGGCCUCAUCGUGGGCUUCAUCCGCUCAAUGUGCCAGACAGCCCAGAGCUUCUGUGACAGCCCCGGAGAAAAGGGAGGCGCCUCACCCCCUGCCCUGCUGCUGCUGCUGUCGCGCCUCUGCCUGGAUUACGAGACGGCCACCAUCUCCUACAUCCUCACGCUCACGGAUGAGCAGUUUCUGGUGCAGGACCAGUCUCCAGUCACACCUGUGAGCACACUGUGUGCGGAGGCCAGAGAGACGGCCCGGCGACUGCUGACCCACUAUGUGAAGGUGCAGGGCCUAGUCAUAUCCCAGAUGCUACGCAAGAGUGUGGAGACGCGGGACUGGCUCAGUACCCUGGAGCCCCGGAACGUGCGUGCCGUCAUGAAGCGCGUGGUAGAGGACACCACAGCUAUCGAUGUACAGGUGGGGCUCCUGUAUGAAGAGGGUGUCCGCAAAGCCCAGAGCAGCGAUUCCAGCAAAAGGACCUUCUCUGUGUACAGCAGCUCUCGGCAGCAGGGCCGCUACGCGCCUAGCUACACACCCAGUGCUCCGAUGGACACAAACCUCUUGAGCAAUAUUCAGAAGCUGUUCUCUGAACGCAUCGAUGUGUUCAGCCCUGUGGAAUUCAACAAGGUGUCAGUGCUGACUGGCAUCAUCAAGAUUAGCCUGAAGACGCUCCUGGAGUGUGUGCGGCUGCGGACCUUCGGGCGCUUUGGGCUGCAGCAGGUGCAGGUGGACUGCCACUUCCUGCAGCUCUACCUGUGGCGCUUUGUGGCCGACGAGGAGCUCGUGCACCUGCUGCUAGACGAAGUGGUAGCCUCGGCUGCCCUGCGCUGCCCAGACCCAGUGCCCAUGGAACCCAGUGUCGUCGAGGUCAUCUGUGAGCGCGGCUAGGCCCUGCCGAAGCCGCCACGGGGCAGCCCCAUCGCCCUGUCCUGUCCUCACAGUGCCCCGUCCUCACCCCGCUGGCGGGUGUCUGGACCCGUUUAAUAAACUUGUGUGGCCGCCUC